AUGUAUCGGGACUCCUAUUUCCAAAGCCAUCAUUUUCUCCAACCCCAUCACUCUUUGUAUUUAGAUUGGAAUCAGGAUGUCUUCAUGUCUCCAGACCACACUGCCACAAACGGGUUGCGUUCCGAAAACACGUCGGUUCCUAUAAACCCAUUUUGGGACUAUUUUCACGACGAGGACGAUUGGGACCAGUUUCAUCCCUUGCAAGUAGACUGCAGCGGCCAGUUGACAGCUAUGCCACCAUUAGUUGAGAGUCCCACUGCGCUAGGAUCUCUAUUUGCGUCAAAAAGGACAGAAUUGGGCUUGUGGCGAGAUUUCGCGCUGGACGAGCUGAAACCAAGAUAA